UUUCCGGAGAGACUCGGGGACUCCACUCCUUGCUCUCUCUGUUCUGCUCGCCCUGUGCGACGGGGUAGGGUUGAGGGCUAGUCAUGGCGUCCCGGUCUCGGAGACUGCAGACUAAACCAGUCAUUACUUGUUUCAAGAGUGUCCUUCUGAUCUACACUUUAAUCUUCUGGAUCACUGGUGUAAUUCUUCUUGCCAUUGGCAUUUGGGGCAAGGUGAGCCUGGAGAAUUAUUUUUCUCUUUUAAAUGAGAAGGCCACCAAUGUUCCCUUUGUGCUCAUUGGCACUGGCACUGUCAUCAUUCUUUUGGGCACCUUCGGCUGUUUUGCUACCUGCCGAAGUUCUACGUGGAUGCUAAAACUGUAUGCAAUGUUUCUAACUCUCAUUUUUUUGGUUGAACUGGUCGCUGCCAUCGUAGGUUUUGUUUUCAGACAUGAGAUUAAGAACAGCUUUAAGAAUAAUUAUGAGAAAGCUUUAAAGCAGUAUAAUGCUACGGGAGAUUAUAGAAGCAAUGCAGUAGACAAGAUUCAAAAUACGUUGCAUUGUUGUGGUGCCACCAACUUUGGAGAUUGGAAGGACACUAAUUAUUACUUAGAAAAAGGAUUUCCCAAGAGCUGCUGUAAACUUGAAGAUUGUUCUCCUCAGAGAGAUCCUGAUAAAGUAAACAAUGAAGGUUGUUUUAUAAAGGUCAUGGCCAUUAUAGAAUCAGAAAUGGGAGUCGUUGCUGGAAUUUCCUUUGGAGUUGCUUGUUUUCAGCUGAUUGGAAUCUUUCUUGCUUACUGCCUCUCUCGAGCUAUAACAAAUAACCAGUAUGAGAUAGUGUAACCAAUGUUACACGGCUUACUCCUCUACAACUUUAAGGACAUUUAUAUUCCCCACUGUGAACUACUGGAUUGCCUGAUUGGAAAACUGACUAAUUACCCAUAGACAAAAAAUCUACACCAAUAGUCUGAUACAAUCUAGACAUUUGUUUAAUAUGUUAUAAGUCUCCCUUUUGUCCCAUUCAUCAUGUAAGGUCAUUGAAACUCCCUUAUCACUCUGAAAUGCUGGAAGAGCUAGUAAAUUGUAAAUGAAACAAU